ACAGGGAAAACCUUACUUUUAUCCUUUUGCAGCCCUCCUCUUUUCAUCCCACUCUUCUUGCAUCAAAGGCUUCAAGUUUACCGUUUUCUCUCUCUUUCUUUGGGGGUGGGGAAUGAAACAGACAAAAGACGAAGAAAAAAAAACCAAUCUUCAUCACUGUCUGUCAAGUCAGCAAAAAAAAUGUUUUUCCAUCAAGUUAUCAUGUGGCCUUCCUUGGGUCUUUCUCUUUGUCUCGGUAAGAGUUUUUCACAGACUAAACAGCAAGACGAAAACCUUCCUACCUAUCUCUCUCUUUUUCUUUCUUCCUUUUUCAUCAAAGACUCUCCCCCCCCCCCUCUCCUUUUUAUUUCCUUAUUUUGAUCUUAUGGGUUCUUUCUCUCUCAACCUUGUGAUCUUUAACCAUGAAGAAGAUGAAAGGGGUUGUUGCUGCCAUGGCGUAUUCCCCAUAUGCGAUGUAUGUGGACCAAAGGAUGAGGUUCAAGCACCUGUCUCUUAUGCAAGACUUUGAAGACUUGCACAUGAAAUUUGAGGGGGAGGCUUUAUGUUUUCAGGAAACAGAUGCCAUGAUAAAGAAAUUGCAGAAGAGAGCGAAGAUUGACCCUGUUGGCCGAAGUUGGGUUUUUGAAGAGGAGGCACACGUUCUUGAUGCAAAACCAUUCAUCAAGCACCAGCAGGAACUUUGGGCAGCCACCGAAUAUGGUGGUUAGAAGUAAAUCCAAUGUGAAGGAAAAGAAUUCAAGCAGAA